AGCAGGAGUUACCCUCCUUCAAUGAUGACGUAACAAUCUCCAAUUUUUUUUCUGAAGAGUAUCGAUGAGCUUAAAGUGAUUUCAAAUUGAACACCAUCCUCGUUCUUCUCCCUUUCAGUUUACCAGUCGACUGCUUCUAAAAUAUAACUAAUAUCGUCAAAAUGCCUACAGAAAUUGAAGAGCUCGUCGAAUUUCUACAUUCGCCUCAGCCUAUGAUCCGCAAUAUCGCAUUGCAAAAUCUGGUUGGGUUCUCAUCUGGCCCGCAAAAUACUAUAUUUCUACAAGAUAAUUUACGGCCGAUCAAGGAUUUACAGAUUAUUGCUAUGUCGAAGGAUCCUAGCAUAGUCAAAGAUGCCUUGACUAUUCUAGCAAACAUGAGCGAAUACAUCAAGAUCAGAAAGAUGCUGGCGGAGAACGAGAUGUUUGUCACAUACGUCGUCCAGUCAAUAGUCAAACCAGACGAGCCUAACGCCGACCUCUUCUGUGUCCUGCUCGCCAACAUAGCAAAGGACGAUGCCAUAGCAGGGAUCUUCAAAAUCAAAGCAACUCAAACCUCCGCCGACCUCAAAUCACAUAUGGCUAUCGACCAGCUGGUUGACUGCUUCGUCAAAGGUGCCGAGAAGAAGCUGAACAAGAAGGCGACGUUCGACUACCUUGCCUUUGUCUUUGCCGAUAUCUCGCGUUUGAACGAGGGCCGGAAGUAUUUCUCAACAGCUCAGUCUUACGACGACGUUGUUCCUCUUUCAAAGCUUCUUGUUUUCACUGAGUACGACAACGACGUCCGUCGCGCCGGUGUGGCGUCAACUAUCAAAAACACACUCUUCGAGCUCUCAGAACACAUCAACCUUCUUGAUCAGGAAUCAGUCAAUAUUCUUCCGUAUCUGCUCUUGCCUCUUGCGGGUCCUGAGGAUCUACCAGAGGACGAGUUGGACGAACUACCGGAGGAGCUCCAGCUACUGCCUCCGGACAAAACGCGAGAGAAAGAUCACGAAAUCAUCUGCGUGCAUGUCGAGUCGCUGGUCUUACUGGGCGCCACCCAAUACGGAAGAGAUUUCAUGAGAAGCACUGGUGUAUAUCCUAUUGUCCGUGAGCUUCAUCUGGCAGUUGAGGACGAGAACGUGCGCGAGAUUUGCGAGCGGUUCGUGCAGCUUAUCAUGGCUGACGAGCCUAACAGAAAAUCGGAUGAGCAGAGAUUACAGAUUACGGAGGGCGAGGAGGAGGAAUCCGCACCGUUGGAGGUCAUUCUGUAAAUAAAAGCUGGAGGCCGUGUUUAUAUUUUGAAUGCUACUAGAUUUUUGAUUCGAAACGAUAGUGUUGGGGGU